AUGGAUGAGAUAUUUGGAUAUAUGGAUGGAAGAUUUGAAGUAUCUCUGGCUGGUUCCACAAUGAUGUGGAUUGUGCACCGGGCCAUGAACAGAGCUCAGGAGAAAAUGAAGACAAAAACGGGAGUCAUUGAGCGCUUGAAUGAGAUAUCGAAAUUCUACGAGCUAGCAGUGAUGCAACUUGAAGGUUGUCUAAGCAUUGUUCUUGCAGAGACCGAAACCAGCUUCCUUGAGAGUAAACAUGAAGAGGUACUAAACGAUUUGAGAGAAAUCAAAGAUCGCCUUCAAUGGCGUUUGAAGGAAUCCGAAUUAGCCAUGUUAGAGAAGGAUAGAGAAUUGACAAAAAGAUUGGAAAAUGAGUUUCAACUCAGGCAAGCUUUAGAGGUAAAAGAGAGGGAAUUAGUUGCUUUAGGCGCAAACCACACUAUCGAAACAAGUAAUUUCCAUGCUGAGAAUGAUGAAACAAAAAGAACUGUGCAUGGUGAUGGAGAUUUUCGCGAUUUGAGGACUAGUGUGGAUCAACAAAUGAUGAAUAUUAGACAAGGACUCGAAGCACCACAACAUGAUAACAUGUUAGGGGAGAUUGAAGAGAUAGGUUCAGACAUUGACAUGCUAAAGGAGUCUAUAGAUCUUGCUUUUGGGAAGAUGCAAAGUGCACUUUUCAUGGGUGAGAUGGGUCCAAAAGAGAGGCAGUGGAAGUUGACAAUUGAGAAAGAUGUAAUGUCUAUAUCAAUUAAAAGUUUCAUGAUGGAGUUUCAAAAGAACAUUGAGAAUCAGGUUUUCAAAUGUUGGAAGAAGCACUGGUCACAAUUCAUGUAUGAAAUUACAAGUUUGCAGCAUGAACUAGCCACCUUGAAUGAAACAUGUCCUGAAGAUUCUGAUUGUUCUACCCUUUCUUCCCCAACAAAGUCUUUACAAGAAGAAGGAACUCAUGAAAUCAAGGAGGAAAAAUCAUUAGCAGAGGAAGAGAAUGAAAAUGGAAGCAACUUUGUUGCUAAGAUGAAAAAGAUUCACGAGUCAAUUAUUCGCCAGAAGAGUGAAGAAGUGAAUAUGAAUAAGCCUGGAACAGUACAAGAAAAAAAGGCCUUCAACUCAAAGAAAACAAAGGAGCUUAAUUUUCUGAGAGAAAAAAUUCAUUCUGUUAGUGAAAGGUUGGAAAAUAUUAUAAAUUGGAAUGGUAGAUUGAGUGAAUCUUUUUUCAACCAAAUUGCUAUUCAAGACAAGGAAGAACUUCCAGAGAGGAGGCUAUCAGAAGUAUAUGAGGCUGGUAGAGUGAGAAAGAAUGUUGAUGCAUGGGGAAGACUUGGGGAAGAGGUAAAAGAAGUCUCUAAUGCAAGAAAUAUAAGUGUGUUAAACGUAGAAAAGGAGUAUAGCUCAAUGCGAAAUUCAAUAUUUGAAGACAUGUAUGGUUCUAUAAAUGAUCUUGUAGAAGAAUUUGAGAGUAAAUCAUGUAAUUUUGAGUUUGAGAAGCUAAUACAGGAAGGUUUAUACCUGUCCUACUUAAGGGAGAUGAUCAACGAGUGGAAUGAAAGAAUUGAAAGAAACACAAUCGAAAGGAAAAUUAGAGACGACAUAGAUCUCAUUAUCUUCUACAGGGCGGUUAAGGAUAUCAGUUAUAAUCAAGAAUUUGCCAUGGUCAAGAGUCAUGGUGGUGAAGCUAAGGAGCAUUGUUUGCAAUGCUCAAUAUUUAGUAAUCAAUUAGACAAAAUAAGAAGCAACAUAGACGAGGAUAUAAGAGAAAAGAUACAACAUCUUGUGUUAGCAGAAACAUUUAAAGAUUUUGUCAACAUUGCAACUUCAGUUUUAAUGGAUCAUAUAGCGAACACCAUUCAUGAUACUUUUCAUGAUCAGUUAAGCUCCAUAAUCACAGAAGGUAUUGUGAAGGAAGAUGUCACUAUGGUUGUAUUUAGAGCUGUGCUUAAGGAAUGGAAGUUGGAUUUAGAAAAUUACCAAAUGGAGAACCUCAUCAGAGAGAAGAUACACCAAGUGCUCUUUGUUGAGACAUUGAAUGAUGCAUGUGUCUUAUCCAUGGAAUUCAAACAACCAGUUAAAGACAUUAUCACUAUAGAUGACGAUGACUCUAUUAUGAUGCGAAAUCAAAUUCAGAAAUUUCAGGGAGAGAGAAACUUGACCAUUGUAUUGUUAGAGUCUCUACUUAGUUGUUUUGAAGCUGAGGAGAAUUUGAUGCUAAGUGCUCGGUCCGAGAUUAAGGAACAUAGCAAACAACUUGACUUGGGUUCAGAGCGUGGAGACCUAUAUGAGCAUGAAAUAUUUGAAGAUUUGUUAACUGGAGAGGAACAAACUUUCUCUUCACUAACAAGCAAGGUGGAACAUCUUUUGCAGCAAUUAGGUAUAAGCAAAGCACUUCUGAGGGAGUUAGGCACAAGCUUAGGACACAGGCUACGUGAUUCGGAGAAUUUUCAUUAUCAAAUGUCUACCAACGUUGAUGUGCAAUUGAAGCUGUCUUCUAUUUUCUUGCCUCUUUUCAAUCUUUUACCAACAUUUGCAGAAUUUGACACAAUGGUGUGCCAAAAAUUUAAGAUGAUGACUAUGAGCCUUAUACACACCCUUACAUUUUCCCAAAACUAUGGACAUAGGCUCGAAAAGAUGAAAUGUUGUUUGAAUCCAGUUAUUGAGAUGGUCGAUUGCUUGAGAAACAAGGAAUUACUUUACCAGAAGGCCUUCGUUAGAAGGUGCCAAAAUCUCCAAAAAGCUGAAUCUGAGGUUGAUCUUCUAGGUGAUCAAGUGGAUGCACUUUUAAUAUUACUUGAGAAGAUAUACGUAACCCUUAGUCUGUGUGCUCCAUCUUUGCAGCAGUACUUUGAGGUCUAUAACAUACUGGAGUUAAUAAAAACAGAACUGACUAAUUGA